AUGUCAUCCCAACCCUACCGACAAAUCCCCUUCUCCUAUGCCACCUGCUCCAUCAACGCCUCCUCCCUCCCCGCCAAACUCGCCGCCAUCUCCAAAGCAGGCUUCACGGGCAUCGAGCUCGCAUUCCCGGAUCUCCUCGACUACGGCGCUCAUGUAUUGGGCCAUGCCGUGGCAGACGACAACGAGGAUGAGUUAGUCCAGGUCGCGGGGAAGGUUCACGAGCUGUGUCGCGAGCAUGGGCUGGAGGUGAUGAUGCUGCAGCCGUUUGCGAAUUUCGAGGGUUGGCCGAGGGGGUCGAGGGAGAGGGAUGAUGCGUUUCGGAGAGCGAGGAGGUGGAUUGCGGUUAUGGGGAAGUUGGAGACGAAGAUCUUACAGGUCGGAUCGACCGAUGUACCCGUGGAAAACCUCUCCCCGAGUCGCGAGAACGUCAUCGCCGAUUUACGCGAACUGUCGGAUCUGCUCGCCGAGCGGGACAUGCGGGUCGCAUACGAGAACUGGUGCUGGUCGACGCACGCGCCAACAUGGAAGGAUGUAUGGGAGAUCGUGCGCGACGUGAAGCGCCCGAACGUUGGAUUAUGUCUGGAUACGUUCCAGACGGCGGGCUCGGAAUGGGCCGAUCCGACAACGGAGUCCGGGCGCAUGGAAGACAAUCCCCUCGGACUGAUGAAUCAGCGGCUGGAGCAGUCGCUGGCGGAACUGGCGAGGGAGGUGCCCCCGGAAAAGAUCUAUCUGCUGCAGGUGUCGGAUGCGUAUAAGCCGACGACGCCGCUGGAGGCGGAGAGGCUGGAUGGGAUGUGGCCGCGCGCGCGAUGGAGUCAUGACUAUCGCCCGUUGCCGUAUGAUGGGGGAUACAUGCCCAUUGAGGCGGUGGCGAGAGCGGUGCUGAAGACGGGGUUUCGAGGAUGGUUCUCCAUGGAGGUGUUUGAUGGAGGGCCGGAUGGUCGGGGGAAACAGUAUGAUCCCGAAGAGUACGCGGCGAAGGCGAUGCGCAGUAUGAAGGAGUUUCUGGAGAAGUCGGAGCGAACCUGUAUAGAUAAUCAUUGA